GACAGGAACCGCGCAGGCGCAGAAAGUCAGGGACUGCCCUGCGCGUAGGCGACCGCGGAGCUCCGGGAUCGGUCAAAAAUGGCAGAGGUAGAGGAGACACUGAAGCGACUUCAGAGCCAGAAAGGAGUGCAGGGGAUCAUCGUAGUGAACACAGAAGGCAUUCCCAUCAAGAGCACUAUGGACAAUCCCACCACCACACAGUACGCCAACCUCAUGCACAACUUCAUCUUGAAAGCACGGAGCACUGUGCGUGAAAUUGACCCCCAGAAUGACCUCACCUUUCUUCGAAUUCGCUCCAAGAAAAAUGAAAUUAUGGUUGCACCAGGACAGCCUCACAGCUGCCUCUCAGAACACUCCAUCCUUGUCACUUGGCUAACCAGAUGCUUAUCUUCCUAAGUCUAUCUCCUCCACUAGACAAUAAAGACUAUUUCCUGAUUGUGAUUCAGAAUCCAACUGAAUAAGCCACUCUCUUGGCUCCCUGUGUCAUUCCUUAAUUUAAUGCCCCCCUAAGAAUAAUAAUACUCAUCAUGUCAGUGGACUGGCACGUGGAAAUUGCUUCAGAGCCCACUCAGACCAAUCCAGUGACCAUUGGUGGGCUGGCAGCUCUGCCCACUCUGCCAGAGGAAUCCCCCCCACCCCCGCUGCACCAGUCUCUCCCAGAGCUCCCAGGAGGGCCGUCUUUCCUUUUUUUCCAGGUUUUGGAGCAAGAGUUUAUGAGAAAUCCACACCCAGCUUCCUUCUGACCUUCAGUUCACUUUGUCACCCUUGGAAAAGGCUGUUUUUCUUUAACUAAAAAUAACUGAAAUGCU